AUGAUGGAAGACAAAAAAGAGAAGGUCCUCGAUGCAGCAAAUGUCGUGGAGGCAAAGGCAAUGAGUGCAAUAGAUAAUGUUGAGAAGUCGAGUCUCGGAAGCUCCAUCCCGCUUGAGGUAAGUCUCCCUCUCCGCGAGCUGACAAAGUACUUAAUGCUUUUCACCAUAUUUGAGUCUAUCCCCGUAUACCUGAUUUCUUGUGAAGAGAACAAGAAUGAGUUCUUGCACUGGAUCUCGAGAGGAACUGGAUUCAUCUUUCUCAUCAUAGCAAUUAUGGCUGCGGCAUUAGACAUUGUCACCUUCUAUGGAAAGAUGUUCAACUUUUACAAAUUUGUGGUUCCGGUGACUCUUGUAAAAACGGCAUUGGCAUUUCUUGUUAUAGUGUUUUCUAACAUAAGCUCCAUAUACGUGGUGUUUUUGGCUGUGCUCUAUUCUCUGAGGAUAGCUCUGUUUGAUGCAUUGUUUUUGUACUAUCUUGCAAUACUUUUGAGAAGAAUCGAAUCUGACGAGUAUGACAACAACGGAGAAAGGAUUAGAACAAAAGAUGAGAAAGGAGAAAAAGUAUGA